UAACGGAUUCAAUCUCCUGUUCAUUUUGUGAAGCUUCAAAAGAGGCAACAAUCCAGCAUGAUUAAAGGCAAAAGGCAGAAAGCACAGCUUCUUUGUAUAUUAGUGACUGGACUUAUUUCCUACUUUACAGUUCAAACAGGAGCCUAAAAGAAAUCCUGCUGAGUACGACUGGAGUAGCUUCAGAUGCUUUGUUUUCGUGCUGAGCUGAGGAGCCAAUUUUGUGAAGUUACCAUUUGUGGGAUUAUGACUGAGCACAUCAAAAUGCUCAGGAUUCGUGCGCAAGUCAUUGUGGACACGAACAGUCUCAGUGUUCUUGCCAUGUGACUUGUGAACCUUUGGGAACAUGUUGUACAGAUUACUGGAAUUUCUGCCUGCGGAUAUUUCCUCAGUCAGGAACCUUAAUGGGAGGAGAAGACUUUGUCAUCGUUAACAAUACAUUUCAGCCUGAAGACCAGAUAGUCUGCAAGUUCAAGAAAUCCAUUGUCACCAAGGGGUACAUUGAAAAUAAGAAGGCCCACUGCAUCUCACCGUUGCUGUAUGAAAAUGGAAGGAUACCUUUUGAGCUGUCAGUUGACAAUGGAAUAAGCUACAGUCACCAGGGGACCUGGGUGUCAGUGCAUCACAGCAAGUUUCCAGACUCGAAGAAAAGUGUUUUGCAGAAUGGAACCAAAUGGCAGUACUACGGUACGCCUGGCGUCACUGGGACCUUGACGCUCAAUUGGAACCAUUCAUCACUCCCAAGCAGACUUCUAAAUGUUGAGCUCUGGGGUUACAGAGAAAAUGGUAUUGCUUAUUCAGAUUCCUGGACAGGGAAUUGGACGUACCUGUACUCAAUUGGAGAAGCCAUUCAAAACAACGGAACAUUCACUUUCACCCCCAAGUCCGCUGCAGAAAAAUACUUGCAAUGGGAAAUUGGAAUGUUACGUCUCGUUGACAAGAAGGAAGAAGCUGGUGCGCCGAAUGUGAGAGCUCUGUGGAGUCCAAGCCAUGCUCUGGCCUGGCACCUGGGGGAGGAUUUCCGAAGAGAUUCUGCAGCCUGGGCAAAAGAGAAGUGCCUGAACUGGGUCAACCAUGAAACGACCCUUCCUGACUUCCUGUCAGAGAUCGCAGAUUGUCCGUGUACGUUGGCACAAUCCAGAGCUGAUACAGGUCGAUUUCAUCCAGACUAUGGAUGCGACAUUGAACAUGGAAGUGUGUGUACCUACCAUCCUGGGGCUGUCCAUUGCGUUCGAGCGAUCCAAGCAAGUCCUCAGUAUGGUGCCGGCCAACAGUGCUGCUACGAUGCCAAGGGUAAGCAGAUUCUGACUGCAGACUCCACGGGAGGCAGCACCCCAGACCGAGCGCACGACUGGGGCUCCCCACCAUACCAGAAACCCCCAAGGGUGCCCGGCUUUUCUCAUGGCCUCUACGAUGUGAUCAGUUUCUAUUACUGCUGCCUGUGGUCCGAUAACUGCAAGCAGUACAUGGACCUGCGUCCUUCCAGCGACUGCCGGACCUACAGGCCACCGAAGGUUGAUGCUGCCUGCCUAGCUGAGCGUUUCUGGAGUUCCAGUUUAGAUUUCCAGUGCACAGCAUUUGGGGACCCACAUCUCUUUACGUUUGAUGGUGCCAACUUCACCUUCAAUGGGAAGGGGGAGUACACCUUGGUGAAAGGAGAAGCAAACUCCACAAGUGGAGCAUUGCAAGUCCAAGGAAGGACAGAACUAGUCAAGAAUAUCAAUGGAGCAAAUGCAAAUGUGACUGGAUUUACUGCUGUUGCUAUGCAGGAAGGUGAUUCUGAUGUGAUUGAAUUCCGCAUUGCUAGCCAUGACAAUGGCAGCAGCUUGGAGGUACUGAUCAACAGUGGACCUGCAACUUUUCAUGAACAGAACUGGAUGGACCUUAAAGGGGUCUACCUGUAUUCAGCCAGCCCACAGAAUGUUACUGCCAUGUUUCCUUCUGGAGCUGGUGUGGAAGCAGAGAUCAGGGGCUCAAUCCUGAGCAUCAACAUCCUGCUACCAGACACGUUCACAAACCAGACAGAGGGGCUGCUUGGAGUGAUGAACAACAACGUGGAUGACGACUUCACCUUCAGAAAUGGAUCAGAUCUACCAGCCGGCGCGAGCGAGGAGAGGAUCUAUGAAUUCGGAGCCAGCUGGGCGAUUGAAAAUACGAGUUCUCUCUUCACCUAUGACAGUCAGUUCUUGCUGAACAAUUACUUGAAUGCUCCCAAGCAUGACCCAGACUUCACACCUGUCUUUCACGUGUCGGACAACCCAGCGAACCCCCUGCAUGCCGAGAUGAAUGCCCUGUGCGAAGGGAUCGAGUCUUGUCAGUUUGAUACUCUUGUAACCAAAAGCCUCCAGGUGGGAAAAGAAACAAAGCUCUCCUAUCUGAACUACCGAAAGCUGGUUGAAAGCCUUGAACCAAUCACUUCCUGUGGAGUUUUGGAAGAGCCCAAGAAUGGGAAAAAGAAAGGAAUUGUUUAUCUGAUUGGAUCCACUGUGAAUUUUACCUGUAGCCAGGGCCAUGUUAUCUCAGGAUCAUCCUCACGUACCUGUCUGCCAAAUGGCCAAUGGAGUGGUGAACCUACCUUCUGUAUAUCUGAGAACAUUUUGGGUAUCGUGUUGGGAACGUUGCUUGCUGUCUUUUCCCUGGUGCUGAUUGGAGUGAUCUUGUUCAUUAAUGAAAAGCGAUUACAGAGGAAAAAGGCCAAAAUGGCUCAAAGUUCCUUUCAGAAUCCCAAUGGAGGGAAAACUGAAAGUUCUUAGCUUUCAAAAGAAAACUCAUCUCCCUAGCGUCUGAAGUCUCUUGCGUCCCCCCACUACCCCCAGCUUCAACAUGGAGACAGCCUUUGCCUUUCCGCCAGCCCAGUGCGUGCUGUCUGUGAGAUGGAUCUCAGUCUUUUGACUUCAGAAAAUUGGAAAACUGACUUCUCAGAUGGAAUAGGAUCAUCUCUCAGGCAGCUCUGGGCAAUACCUAAGAAAUUAAUUGAAGCUGUGGCCUGUUUAAAUGAUCAUGUUCGUAAUACCUGACCAGCUACAAUUUUCAUUAAUGUUUGCUUACAAUAAUAUAAAUACUAGAUAUUAACAGAUUUCUCAGUACAAGGCAGGAUUUAUUGACGGGGCUGGGAGCAUUGGCCUAGUGUAUAUUUUGACUUUGCCCUUUCCUCAGGAUGUUGGGAAUCUUUAGUACAUCUCUUGCAGAAGUUAAAUGUUAAUUUUUCCAACCCUGUUGCUCAUCCAAUUCCCUCACGCUUCAGAUUUCGAUUUCAUUUGAACUUAAAAAGAAAAUCCACCUGAAUCACUUCAUUUGUCUAAGUUGACUGCACAAGGCUAGCUUAAUCUCCAAAACAUGCAAUGACUCAACACUCCAUCUGCAGAAACAGGCAUGUCACAUGCUGUUGUUGUUGCCCCAAGCAGAUGUGGGUACAGCUUGGGUGAGCUGUGCAGUGAAGCUCUCCCAGCACUGCCCUGACAAUAUGGCGACAUCUCCAGGCUUGCUGGAGCCCACACCUCUGUAAAAUCCCAUUCCUGGCAACAGGUGUUCCUGCUGCCUUUUGAGUGAGAUUACUGAAAUGUUGUUGAAGUGAUCUUUUCUUUACCUCUGGCUUGUGGAUUUGCUUUUUUACUCAAGAUUCUGCCAGCUAUGUUGGGUCAGACUUUUACUCCCUCAGACUGAACUGCAUUCAAAUCCAAGAUCAGGGAUGGUGGUCUGUCCGCUCAUGCCUAUCUGUAUUUCAGCUCUUAAAUAGGAUCAUAUUUUUCAAAAAUAGUAUGGUUUUUUGAAAAACGAUAACUUAUCUUGCUAUCAUUCUUAAUUUUUGUAGCAAUAUGAUCCAAUGGAUACUGCAGUUUUUUUAAAGUUCUUGACUAAUGGAAGAAUUUGUUUCAUGCAUUGUCUAAGUCAACAUUAUGUAAUUUAGUGAUGCAUAAUUGCUGAUCAGAUUAAUAGCAAUUGAGAUUUGUAUUUUAUUGUGAAAAAUGUAUUUGUUUAUUUUGAUGAAUUGCCUGUUAUGGUGAUAUGUGAUACUUGUUUCUAAAGUGGACUUACUGUCAUUGCCCACUUUCUGAAACCAGGUGUCUCCAGAGAGAGGGUGCCUUUGUGCCUUUCUUCCAUGAAGAUACUUUCUGAAGCCGUUACCCCUUUCCAGGGAGCCACUUUCAAUCAUAGGGUGCCACUUAAUACAUGUGAUCAGAACCUUUCCUUAAAGAACUGCUUGAACCAUCAGUUUGUUUUAAAUUAUGACAAUGAAAAGAUCAUUAACCAUUUCAGCAUUACUACUCACAUUUAUUUCAGCAUAUAGCUUUGAACUUUUAAUUCAGCUGUGCAUAAUGUGAUAUCUUGAAAAUAAUAAACGCAGAAAAAUGGGA